CCAGCAGAGGAGGGUGAGCCAGUGGGAAGGGACUGGGCUGGGACUCAGGAGAUCGGGCUCCAACUCAGCUCUGCCAGACGCCUGCUGUGACCUGGGGGGGCGGAUCCUGCUGCAGAAUGAGCGUCACCGAGUUGUAUGAUGACUACGAUCCUGACUCGUACCCUAACUUCACUGUGCCCAUUUUUGACGUGACGGAUCCACAACUGACCCCCAUCCUGUGGGUGUCUCUGGUUCUCUACUCCCUCGUCUUCCUGCUGGGCGUGCCGGGAAACGCGGCUGUUAUCUGGGUGACGGGCUUUGGGAUGAAGCGCACGGUGAACACCAUCUGGUUCCUCUACCUGGCGGUGGCCGACCUCCUAUGCUGCCUGGCACUGCCGUUCCUGGCCGUGCCCGUGGCCCGCGGCAACCGCUGGGAACUGGGUGACUUCGCCUGCAAGCUGCUCCCAUCCCUCACCAUCCUGAACAUGUUUGCCAGUGUCCUGCUCCUGAUGGCCAUCAGUGUGGACCGCUGCGCCCUUGUGACCAGGCCCAUCUGGUGCCAGAACCACCGCACGACCCGGCUAGCCUGGGGCCUGAGCGGGGCAGCCUGGCUCCUGGCUCUGCUCAUGACCCUCCCAACCCUCAUCUUCCGGACGACGCGCACCAAGGAGUUCUCAGACAAAGUGAUGUGCGUCCUGGAGUACGCUCGAGUGGCCAGUUACCAGACCACCGUUGAGGUGUCCGUCGCUACCUUCCGCUUUGCCGCCGGCUUCCUGGUCCCCUUUGUGGUGAUCGCCACCUGCUAUGGCCUGGUCCUGGCCCGUGUCCGGGGUAGCUGCCUGGUCCGAUGGCACAGGCCCACGGUGGUUGUAUUGGUAGUGAUUGUCAGCUUCUUCGUGUGCUGGCUUCCCUACCAUGUGGUGGGGAUGAUCCUGGCCUCCUACACCCCCAGUGCCCGUCUGUACAAGCUGGCAGACACCACCCAGCCCCUCGUCGUCAGCCUGGCCUACGUCAACAGCUGCCUCAACCCCAUCAUCUACGUGGGGAUGGGCUGGGGCUUCUGGGGCUUGGUGAAAAGCCGCCUGGCUGACGUGCUCCAGGAGGAGGGGGCAGCCCUAGGGGGUGAGGCCCAGGCUCAGCUCACCUCCACGAGCAGUGGGCAGGCCACGGAGAUAACGGUUUAGGUCCAUGGGGGCAGGGCCACCCGGAGGAUUCAGGGGGCCUGGGGUCUUGCCGCCGAAGACCUGACACU